AUGGAUCCAGCGAAGUUCAAAAAUGAUUUCAUCUUUUGUUUGAAGAGGUUCAUGAUAGUAUUCAAGAGAGAACAAGCAGUGGAGAGGGCCCUGGACUUCAUCACAAAAUUUGCUUGCUCACUCAAUUCUGUUAAAAAUAAAGAGAACCUUCCAACUGCAACUGCUGAUGACGAUGAUGAUAUGCACCCAUUUCUGCUAGAUUUGUUCAAUUUCUUACUGCAGAGUCAUGAUGUAAGAUCAAAAGCUGUUAGAUUCAGAGUUUGUCAGCUGAUCAACAAAUUGUUGAUUGAUCUGGGAGACAAUGCAAACAUAGAUGAUGUCUUGUAUCAGCAAAUAUACGACAGCAUGCUUACCAGACUUUCUGACAUAUGCCCAGUGGUGCGGACUCAUGCAGUGCUGGCCUUGAAGAGACUGCAAGAUCCUGAAAAUGAUGCUUGUCCCAUCAUAGAAGCAUUCUUGACUUUGAUGUCUCAAGACAAGAACCACGAGGUGAGGAAGGCGGUGCUGAGUAGCAUUGCAGUGUGCAUGAAAACAUUGGAGCCCAUUUUGAAGAGGACCAGAGAUGUCAACCACCAAGUCAGAAGGAUGGCCUUCAAAAUUAUUACAGAAAAUGUCAAUGUAAAAAUUUUGACCAUUGCUCAAAGAGUUUCACUGAUAAGAAAAGGACUCAAAGAUAAUAAUGAUCAAAUCCGAGAUGUGUGUACUAACAUCAUGAUUCAAUCCUGGUACCGGAUGAUGGACCAGGACAUUUUUAAACUACUUAGCGUUUUGUUUUGUCAAAAUUAUGUUGACGAAUGCUCUGAACUUCUAUUAAAAGUUUUUUUUGACAAAAAAACAGCACAGCAACUAGUUGAUGAAUUUACUUUGUUAGAUGAAAGGCACUGCAUACCCUUGGAUAAGAUGACAUGUGAGAAUGUUUUGUACUGGCAAGUUUUGUGUCAGCAUAUAAGAAGUAUGGGAGCUAAGGAAGAGGUGAAUCUAGACAGAUUGAUGCCCACAUGUAUUGGAUUUGUCAAGUACUUCAAAGAAAUCCUUGCGAACAUGAAGAGAGGGAAUGCAGUAACAGAUGAAGAGAUAGUGAUGCAAAAGAAAGAGGAGUUCAUGCUUUAUCAGGUGGCCAUUAUCAUGGGAUACCUUGAUGUAUCUGAUCAGGCUGGAAGGUCAGCACUUUCUGAAGUGAUAAAGAGCACGUUAAUUGAUCCCAGCAUUCCCAACAAAGUAUUGGAGCAGUUGAUCAAGCAGUUUGUGAAUCUUUACAGUGACAUGAACCAGUUAGUGGCAAAGAUGUCUGAAGUUGUAUCAGAUAUUUUACAGAUGAGUUACAAUAAGGAUGGUGGCAUGGAAAUGGAACAGACGAUGGAGGUUGAUGCAGAGAAAAUGAAGAAGUUAGAAAUGGAAUUGGCCAAAGUGAGUGUUGAGCUCAUGCAUCUUCAAGACGUUCUUGAAGAAAGAGUGAAAAAUCAAGACUUUGUUGGUGCAGCUGAGGUUAAGGAAACCAUUAAUAAACUCAAGGGAGACAAAGUCAGACUUACUGAUGAAAUGAGCGUUUCAGGGAAUCAGGGGAAAGAUUUGAAUAUUAUGAAUGAAGAUGAAGAUGAGACGGAAAGAUCUCUCCUCUCGCAAGCGACAACUGAUCCCAUCAAAAUGAAGAGAUGUCUCAUGAUUGUCGCUGAAAUUUUGAAGUACACCAAAGUCAACAAAAUUGUGCCUUCACUGCUCACCAUUCUGGACAAUCUGGUUAUUCCGGGUGUUGUGUCGGUGAACAGUGAGGUCCGAGAUAUGGGUGUGAAAGUUUUAGGGUUGUGCUGCUUGAGAGAUGUCACAAAAGCUCAACAGUACUGUCCACUUCUUUUUCAGGUGCUGGCUGUUGAUCGUGAAUCAGUAAAAUUAACAGCUUUGAAGGCAAUAUUUGAUAUGCUGUUGUUUUGGGGCUUGCCAGCUAUUAAUGAAAAACCAAAAGAUGGUGACAUUGAGGAGGAUAAAGAGGACGAUGUUUACAAUGUUACAAAAUUAUUCGACGAAAAUGCACAGUCAAGUGGAGAUGGAAAAACAAACUCAAACAUUGUUGAAGGUCUGCUAAAAUAUCUGGAUAGUGAGGUAGAAGAGAUAAGAACUACAUGUUCUGUUGCAUUUGCUCGAUUGUUAUAUUCCAAUCGCAUCAUAUCUCCUUCUCUCAUCUCCAGGCUGCUCCUUAUAUGGUACAAUCCGAUGACUGAAGAUGAUACCAAGCUUAGAGUUGAAUUGGCAUCGUUCUUCAUCAAUUAUUCUCUCAAAUCAAAUCCUUUGUAUCAAGUUAAGCCAUCCAAUGUUGCUGAACUGUUUGUGAAUUUGUCACAUCCCCAAAAUAUGAAGCAGAACAAUCAACAUGAAGAAAUUCUUUACGACAAAACUCCUCACGAUGAUAUGGCCAUCUCGCUCUGCAAUGAGAUAUUAUCAAAUCCACAUGAUACUAAGAAGGUCUUGGUCUACUCACGAACUCUUAUGUUGUUGAGUGUAUCACCAAGCAACAGAGAUGUCCUUAAAAGUCUUAGGGUUCUUGCUAAGAAAAUAAUCAAAUUGGUGGAAGACAGAACGAGCAAGAUAGCUAUGAUUAAAUUUUCCAAGAGCAUAAAAAAGAUGCUGAUGAGUUUGGAUGAUAUAGAUGCAGACCUCUCCCAACUUGAUGAAACCUUGAUUGAUGUUGAUUCUGCCGGCCUUGAAAAUGACGUAAUGAGUUUUUAUACAAGUAUCUCAGAGGCUACAAGUGCUCCAGUCGAUUCUCAGGCCUCCGCAGUGAGUGAGGCAAUCUCAAAUUCAACAGCAACGUCAAAUGGGCGGAACACAACCACAUCAAAAAGAUCAAAGUCUAGCAAAGCAGCCAAAAAUUUACCGAAUGUUCAAGGUAAAGAUUUAUCUUCGAAAGAUGCUGAAAUUGAAGAAGAGAAUAGCAGUGAUGACUUCACACCACCUGCUAAAAGAAUUGGUUUGGCUAGAAACGCCAAGCAAAGUGGUAAAGCCAAAGUUUUAGUUAAAACAGUGCAUAAAGCGCCAAAACUGCCCGCUACUCACCAAAUAAUGAACGAAUUGUUUAAAGGCCUGAAAGAGUCUUCAGGCACACGAGAAAUAUGGAAAGCUAGUUUUGCUUCCAAAAAAUCAUCUAAAGCCGCUUUGUACGCCCAUGAUUUGUGUGAUAACAUUUUGUAA